AUGUCGGCACAAAACAACAGAGGAGUGUACCGUAGGAAACAUAGUGAUGAACGCAGCAGAUCGUACGACCAAACCGUAAUAAGUGAUGAUGACGAAGAAUCGGACACAUUGACGGAGCUAUCGCGGGAGUCGCUAACAAGUAGUCAAGGACGCAGCAGCAUCGGUUCUAUUCCGUGGGCAGAGGAUGCAAUUAAGCAGAACCAAAACGAAUGGGAACGGAUCGAUAGGAUGUUCUAUGGCGAGGAGGAUCUUCCCGUAGAUGCGAAACUCCGCGAAGAAAUCCUAGAAUGGACAUCCGUUUUUCCAUUCCUUCGUGUUACGGGAAAACCGAUUACCAUCCAAGAGUCUGUGCAUGUGAAAGGUAAUGAUCCGUUUCAUGAAGAAAUAUUGAUGGUGGAUCCUCCCCUACCAGGACGGAUGCGUUCCUCUCGGUCUGGGCGAGACGGGCCUAGCAAUCAUCCCGCUAAGGAUGUGGAAUGUGUACUUACUUCUUGUGAGCUGGAAAAAUGUUUGUGCAUUAGCUCUGGGCAGUUAUACCGUCAUAGCAAUCAAGCUUCGGCUCAAACGAAAGCAGGACGACGAUCUGGGACAGAUCUUGGUUCAGUAUCGGAAGUCAUAGAUAGGAUAGACAGACCAUAUAUCAAAGUAAAACCUCUCAACAGUCUGAUGGUACCACAGGUGCCAGUCGUCUCGGUAGGUUCGAUCGGGUUACUAAUAUCGAACCACUGUGUCGGUUCAGGUAGCUAUCACGCUCUGUCUGGCGUGAGUAGAAAUUGCAGUGCACAAUCAGUCACACAUAAUAACAUUGACGGUAGCAACAAUGCAGGCCGUAGCAGAAACGUAAAUUUGCAACGAAAACUCGCCCCCUUGCCCCAUCGACCAUCACAACAGCAGCAGCAUCAGAACAAAUGUUCUAAAACAAUCGAAACGACCAUACUCUCGGCAUCGGCAUCGGCAACACAUAACCGCAUUCCACCAUUAUCUAAGAACUAUAAGUUCCUGGUACAAAACAGCUACGUGGCACCGACAUUGCUGGCGGAAAUUGAACAACGACAUCACAACAAACUGAACGUGGUCAAGUCGGCAACCACGAGGUACAUGGCAUCUUCGCCAACCAAGCACAUCUUUGCCUUACCUGCCUUAACCGGAAUUGACGGGCUGGUUCGUCACAACCCUGUUACAGGAUUACAUCAAAGUCCGGCCAAGAACCGAGCAUUUCGAUCGGAGGUCAUUGGUCGAUCGAUAUCUGCUGCCGUUACGCAAAAACAAAAUCCGAUCUGA